ACGACGACAGCACAAAGAAAACCAGAUGAAUUAUUUGUAUUUCCAGCGCGGGUAGCAGUGCUAGCUAUUCCUUUGGUCUCCUGACCUUGAUAGCAAUGACAGCGGACAAUGUUGAUUGGCGAAGGGCAUGAGUCUGAGAUAGGCUUCACCGCGAAGGCCAAGCGAAACUAAGACCAUUAGAGAAUAAUAAAUUCGUCGCCGGGUGCAAACUUUGCGUAGCAUCGUCGUCUAGAGCACGUAGAGGUGCCGUUGCUUGGCCUGGUCCGUUGGCCAUGGAAGGUGUGCUGCGGCGGCGGCGGAGCUGCUCCACAGCACCGUUUGCCCGUGUUUGGCUGGUGUCGCUAGUGGUGGUGGUCGUGUGGUGCUGUUCGCGUGCCGUCCUCGUAGCGCGCGCACAGCCGUGCCAGGAGUUCUGCACUUGCAAUGGCACGUCGUCCGUGACGGUGGUCUGCAUCGGACAGGGUUUCACAACCGUCCCGCCUGUGAUAUUCGACGGAUACAGAAACACAUCCAUUGUAGUGCUGGGAGACAAUCAGAUCGAGCGCCUGCCUUCCUACCACUUCUUUCGGCUAACCUUGCUCAGGCAGCUGUAUCUGUAUGAAAACCUGAUCUCAGAUAUCGAACCCGACGCGUUCAGGGGACUGCGCAAUCUGGAGCUACUAUCCCUCUAUGAUAACAACAUCACAAGCCUGCCCAUGGGUAUCUUCGAGGGGCUGGAUAGCCUGCGGGGACUCUACCUCUACAGAAACCGACUGGCCGGUGCCCAAAUAACUGACGAGCUCUUCGCACCCAUUGCGAGCACACUGCGCGUACUACGGUUGAAUUUGAACAACAUUGAGUACCUUCGACCGGGUACAUUUGCUUCCCUCCAGCACCUAACAACACUCGGCCUGUCUGGCAACCCGCUGACCACACUGGAGACGGGUGUGUUCCGCGGACUGGAGUCGCUGCGCAUACUACAGCUGGAGAACUGCCAGAUUGAAACGCUCGACGAGGAAGCAUUUUUCAAUCUGACACAGCUGAGAAUACUGAGGCUCAACAACAACCGCUUGACGCGUAUAACCAACAUGAACUUUCUAGAUCUUCUCCAAGUUCAGGAACUGUACCUGCAGUUCAACAGCAUCUCACAUAUUGACGGGGGCACAUUCUUCCGCAUGAUAAACCUCAAGCGGCUGUUUCUACAGGGAAAUGCUCUGACGGAGUUUUCGCGUGGUAUGCUCAGGGGACCGACAAGGCUGGAAGUUUUGUGGUUGGACCGUAAUCGUAUUGAGAACAUUCCGCAGGACGCCUUCACGGACCUAAAGAGCUUGCAUCAACUAUUCCUGCAGAACAAUCGCAUCAAGACCCUGUCCAACUGUCAGUUUGAAGGCCUAGACAGUCUAAGGAUUCUAGUUCUGCAGUUCAACCAGAUUGGAUGCAUAGCUGACGGUGCGUUCUGCUGUCUGCCCUACCUUGCACGCCUGUACCUUGGUGCCAACGACCUUCAGAUGGUGACGCCCAGGAUGUUCUCAUGCAUGGCCGAAGUCACUAGAUUGUCGUUGUUCGGGAAUCGAAUCAGCUAUGUGGCCGACGGAACGUUCAAUUCAAUGACGGCCCUCCGUGAACUGAUUUGGGACUACACGACGAGUGCUCCUGCCCCGUCGCUCGGUGCCAUCAGUAACGAUCUAAACUGCGACUGCAAUGCUCUCUAUUUCAAAGGGUUUAUUGCCCAGCAGCCAGACAGAGUGGAUACAGUACGGUGUGCUGGACCAGCUGUACUGCGUACCAAGCUGCUGCACACUAUACAUCAGCGGACACUGAACUGCACUAAACAGGUGGUUAGCGUGAACAUCAUUAUCGACGACUACAAGAGUCCGCGGGCGUUUCGUCUUCCGGCACCAUCAUCAUCGCCGGCCGCGGUGGAACGGAUUGUUGUGCCCCGCGGUGAAGACCUUCAUCUACUGAGCAAGGCAACACCAGCCGGUGUGACAUUCUGGACCAGGAGAGGUGAGUCAUUGGCUGCUGACGACUGCCGCACCGUGACAACGCAGGGUAAUCUGUUCCUGUCGGGAAUGUCUGAUUCUCUGGAGGGUCUCUACACGCUGGUUGUGCAGAAUACUGCAGGUGCUACGGCCAGGUCGAUCUUUAUAUCCGUCGGAGACAGCCCUCGCAUCACGGUGGCACCACGCGACGUGGAGCGGGACUAUCCGGGAGAGAAUGUGAUGUUCAUGUGCGUAGUGCAGGGGAAACCUCAACCAGACUACUACUGGAUGAAAGAUGGAAGGCGUAUAAACGUUACCGUGCCAGUUCCUCGCACGGCAAUUGACAGCCAGACGCAGCGCUUUAUCCAGACUGGAAGCAGCUUGCAUAUCCUGAAAACGGAAUACUCUGAUGCUGGACUUUACACGUGCGUGGCGGAGAAUGGAAUCGGUCGAGGUGAUCGUGCCGAAGCAGAGCUCUUCUUCAGACGGCAAACACCGUGCACGCCGAGUUGUCGUAACAACGGCACGUGCCUCACUGCUCAUAUCUUCACAUGCCAGUGUACGUUCAACUACAUCGGCGAGGUCUGCGAGCGACGGAAACCUGGGUGCGAUCCAGCCAAGGACUUUGGCUGCGAGUGGGAGAGCGGUAGUGGUGCGAGUGGAGAUGGAGCGCUGUUCACCGAACUGGACAACGCUGCCAAUGGCGGGGACGCCGCCGAUCUGGAGGAGCAGCUAUCCCCGGCUGCCCCGUAGCCUCUGUGGCGUGCGUUGGUGGUUCGGGGUGUGUGUGUGCGUGGGCAGCGCACUCACGAAAACAGCAAUGUGCUGCCUGUUGUCCUGGCGACAACAGCAGCAGCAGCAGCGGCAGGUACCAAUGAAUAACUGCCGCGCAAAUUAGAAAAUAUAUAAUAGUAUAUAUGUGCAAUGAGAAACCUAGAUACACAGGAGCAGCAGCAGUAGCGGCAGCAGCAGCAGCAGCAUUGGUGGCAUGGGACUGAUUUCCAUCAGCAUGUUCACAGCACAUGAUCAUGCAUUUAGUUGUCGGCUAUUCACGAUGACGAUCUUGUGGAUGUCAAAGUUGAGCAUGAUCAGCCCGCGCUUCUUGCUGCUGACGUUUGGCUAAAUUCAUGCCAAGCUAAACAUGUUUACAUUUUAUUCCGCUAUUACUGCGAGUGAACACGGAUAUAUGGCAUGCUCAAUGUAUGGUACAGACCUGGUGUAAAAAUGUAAACAACUGUAUGCAUUGUGCACAAGCGCAAUUGACCCAUUGCGCAUUGCCAAAUAUGGAAUGUAUGAGUAAUAAUGCUUGUGAGUACGCUGGGAUCAGGAAUGCACUGCUCAACAGCCAACACCCCAGACGACCAUGCCCAGGUGGCUGUAAAGGGUGUUUACGGUACAAAUUACGUCAUUGCGCAAUGGGUCCAUUCUCGUACUGACUACUGUUCUCCACUUUACACUCAUUUAUUCCCGUAGCUAUGCAGAAGACGUUACUUCAGUAACGUCUGGCGCUAGCCAGGGUCCACACAGCUUUAA